AUGGAUGGAUCAACUCCAGCAAAAUUGUUUCAAGAUACCACAAGUGUCAAACUCAUAAAGCCUGAGCUCCAAAUAUACGUGAGCAUUGGUGGCUGGACAUUUUCCAACAACCAUACAAAGACUCAGGCUGUUUUCGGUGACAUUUCUGCAGACCCGAAGAAACGUCAGACCUUUGCCGAUAAUGCGAUAAAAUUCAUGAAGCAAUAUGGAUUCAACGGCAUUGAUCUUGAUUGGGAGUAUCCGGGUGCCCCUGACCGAGGGGGUAAAGCCAGGGACAAAGAGAACUACGUCGAGCUACUCAAGACUCUACGUCGGACCUUUGAUGCAAGUGGUGCUAACUAUGGUCUAACCUUCACCGUCCCGUCUUCCUAUUGGUACCUUCGUUGGUUUGAUCUUGAGAAAAUGGUCCAAUAUGCGGACUGGGUCAAUCUCAUGAGUUAUGAUCUUCAUGGAGCUUGGGAUGCUGAUAACCCAAUUGGUAGUAUCGUGCAAGCCCACACAAAUCUUACUGAGAUUAAACAGGCCGUUGAGUUAUUCUGGCGCGUCAAUGUUCCCCCUGCGAAAGUUGUGAUGGGAUUCGGCUUCUACGGUAGAUCAUUCACCUUGUCAGAUCCCUCUUGCAAUAAACCGGGAUGUCCUUUCAAAGGGGCAGCAAGCCCUGGUCCCUGUUCAAAUACCGGAGGUAUCCUAGCAUAUUACGAGAUCAUGUCUGCUCUUAAUGGAGCAUCAACCUCCUCCAAGCGCAGCACUAUCUCGCCAACUCAUGACAAGGAGCAUGCCGUCAACUAUUUCACCUUUGACGAGGAUCAGAAGAUCAAGACGAACCGAGAUCUUCAGGCUAUCGACAAAGCUCUGUCAAAUCCGGUCGCAGUCGUACAGGACUUGGCUGGAUCAAACGGACAGAAGUGUUUUGUUCACAAAGGUGACUGUGUGCAUCUUAAUGAUAAUGGCGCAAUGUCUAAGGCGUGUGGAAAGGGCUACACGCCCGUGGGAUGGGAUGAUGCCGGCUGCGGUACAUCAAGCUGCCAUUGUGGCAAGCCAGUCUGCUGCCCAACUGCAAGCGCUCCCAAAAACUGCAUAUGGCGUGGGGAUGAUAAUGGCGGCGGGGCAGGCUCAGACUGUAGCGCUCAGUGCAGGCCUGGUGAGAUCAAUAUUAAAGGAAUUAGAUCCUCAUGGGGUGGGGGUUUCCUCAAUGAUGGCGGCACAGACAAAUGUGGUCGCGGAUACAAAGCCUUCUGUUGCCCUGAUCCAAACUUCUCAAGUGUGACUUCGCAUUGCUCAUAUGCUGCAUGCGGCAAGGACUGCCCAACUGGGAAAAAGUCUGUUUUCACGAAGUAUGAUAAAUGCUGGACUGGUGGUCAAAAGUACUGCUGUCGUACUCCAAUCGAGUUAAAAGAUUGCAACUGGGUCGGAGGGAGCGGCGGUGAUGGGGACUGUGCCAAUGCCAAUUGCAAUGCGACAGAGGUUGAGAUCGACCGAGCUACCUAUGGGGAUCAUUCCACGGCGUGUGACUGGGGUAGGAAGAAGGCCAUGUGCUGUACCAUCAAAAAGCAACCGCCACCCCCUGCCAUGUGUACUACUAAUCUGUGCAAGGAACUUCCAGGAUCCUGCCCAGAUCAUGACGAUGACGAGAGUGCCAAUGGCUGGACUAGAAGAGACCUCUCCACUUUCGUUGACAGCAAUGAGGCAUAUUCUCCUUCCCUCGAGAAACGCAGCACUUCAGAGUAUAAAACGCGAUUGACUUGGCGAAUCGGUCAGGUUAUACACACCGCAGAAAUCCUUGUUCAAUCAAUCAGCUACCCCACGAAUAUGGCAAAUCUCAUAAACUCCCGCACCGGUCGAAAGUUUCCCCCCGGACAGCUUGACUCGUCUUUCUUUACAAACUUGCAUCUGCAAGUCGAGCACAUCAUCGACCGCCAAAUCAUCGCGCCGUUCCUUGAAAGCGCAACUGGAGGAUACCUUCCAUCCGAUCCUGAAAAUACCUACGACGAUCUGGCACCCGUUGACGGUCUGUUCAUCAGUAAUCAUUUUGAAACUUCCUUCCCUGCUCUAGGAGCUCGAUCCGCCAUUGGUGGGCCCGAUGGACCUCGACCAGACACUUUGAUCGGUCGUCUAAUGCAUACAUUUGGGAGCUCGGACUAUCGCUAUCCAUUCUUGCCCACCGAGGACAGCGUCAAUGGAGCUAAAGGUCGAAUCAUGGGGGGCAAUGCGCCAACGGCUCUGACUGAGAUUACGAAGCUUGCAAAAUUAGCCGUUUCAGCAGACACUAACCAGGCGGCCGACAAGUUAAUAUCGGCCAUCCGAGUCGGAUUUGCUGUCUUCGAUUAUCUCCAGCAACCAGAUGCGAGCCUUCGUUGGAACAAGGUCAUCGAGCAGUUCCGUCUUCAGGCAGGCUUUAUAGAAACGGAUCUCAACUUGCCCGGGUUAGUUGCCUGGUGGGAUGUUUGGUUCCCCGACUUUUUAAACGUUCGUCUCAGAGCGGCGACGGUAUGGGCCGAUCAAGCUAUUAUUCAUGCCGUUCAGCCAUUCCAAGACGCCGCACAAAACAAUAAUCAGCUUGCGAUUUGGCCCAUGGUGAACGCAGUUUUAACCGGGCUCCAGCAAGACAUUGGGGGCAUGGCCUUCCCUGCGUUCACCCAAAUGCACACUCCUGCGGGUGGCCCUCCCGUUUGA